GUGGAUGUGUGAGAGAGUGAAAGAGGGUCAGCGGUUGUUCGGUGGUUAGCGAGAUAGCAGUUAGCCUGUGCCGUCUAAAAGAUGCACACAGCUAGCGCUAUGGACGAUACAGGGGCGCCUGGAAGCUAGUAUAUAAUUAUUUCAGUGGGGGAAAAACGCUGCUAGUGUUAGGACACAAACACUAGCAGAGAUGGCCGGGAUUAUUAAGAAACAAAUUUUGAAACAUUUGUCAAGGUUCACGAAGAAUCUGUCCCCGGACAAGAUCAAUCUGAGUACACUGAAGGGGGAGGGGCAGCUCUCCAACCUCGAGCUUGAUGAAGAAGUUCUGCAAAACAUGCUCGACCUGCCCACCUGGUUGGCUGUCACUCGGGUCUACUGCAACAGAGCCGCCAUCAGGAUACAAUGGACCAAGUUGAAAACCAGCCCCAUCUGCCUGUUCUUGGAUAAGGUAGAGGUAGAAAUGAGGACAUGCGAGGAGCCCCGCCCACCUAAUGGCCCCUCUCCUAUAGCAAUCACAGAAGGCCAGAGCGAGUACGGCUUUGCGGAGAAGGUGGUGGAGGGCAUGUCUGUUCGGAUCAACUCCAUCACCAUCAAGGUGCAGUCUCGUGCCUUCCAUGCCUCUUUUGAGCUCUGGCAGCUACAAGGCAACAGCCUCAACCCCAAGUGGCAGCGCAGUGACCUCCGCUACACCCGCGUCACAGACCCCAAGAGAGGAGAGGUGUUGACAUUUAAAGAAAUCAACUGGCAGAGUCUUCGGAUUGAGGCCGAUGCCAUUGAGAGUGACGACCAGGACUUGGGUAGCACCCCUUUGCGGCUCAUCACCAAUCAGGGUCGCAUUCGUAUCGCCCUGAAACGCAGACUAAAGGACUGCAACGUGCUGGCCUCCAAGCUGCUUUUCAUUCUGGACGACCUUUUGUGGGUGCUGACAGACUCUCAGCUCAAAGCCAUCAUCCAUUACUCCAAGUCUCUCAGUGAGGCCAUGGAGAAGUCUGCCCAGCAAAGGAAGAGCAGGACUGCUGAAUCCCUACAGACUGCUCCUCCAUCACCUGGCCUCCACAACAUUUGGGCCGACCCCCCGCCUGCUCCGACCGGCCCCCCCAACACUACAAGUCAAUACUUUGAUCUUUAUGACGUCAAAGAGUCUUCCUACCACACCUUCAUAUCUCGCUUAGACCUACACAUAUGCAAUGACAGUUCUUCACUGGAUGAAGAUGCGUCUCCCCCACCGGGCUUGCAAGGUGCCAUGCAGCUGACGUUCAAGAAGCUGGGUUUUGACUACUAUCCCAUCCACAGACCUGCUGAUGGAUGUCGACACUGGGAACGCCACUGUGGAGCCAUGGAGAGUCAGCUUCAGUGGGCUGCCAAGCUGCUGGAGGAGUACCAGAAGAGAGCAGAGGUUUCUGGGUUCCCUGGGCCGCAUAGUGAGGUGCCCCAGCCAAACAAUAACUCCUCUGCAAGUACGGGUGCAGAUCUACAAUCUAGUCUCAAAUCGAGCCCCGCAAACACGGAGGGGGGGUCCAGAAGGAGCUCUGUCGCAGCCCCUGCUGGACCUCCACUGAAGAGGCUGCGAUCCUGCUGUGUGGUGGUCAGGAUGGACGACGUGAACAUUCACCAGGUGUCGACAAGAGGCCGUCAAAACAAGAAGACCCAGUCUUUGUUGUCCUGUAACCGUAAAUCCCUACGUUUGCCCGACAAUGUGCCAGCAGUUCAUCUGCAGUUAACAGAAUACUACUUUCCUGACAACCCCAGUGUAUCAGUACCUACAACAAACCUGUAUGCCCAGCUGAAUGGCCUCCAGCUGUGUGUAGAUCCAGCCAGUGUGCUGUGGAUCAAUCUGUUUUCCAGAGGUCUGCUGCACACGCUGGACCAGGUCAAAGCUUUCUACCAUCUGCAAGAUAGCAGCAAGGCUGAGGAGCAUGUAGACAUCUGUAUGGAUGCAACUCAGCUCAAGCUCGUAAUCCCCUUGGAUUCUUCCAUAUUGGACCAUCCAGAGCGUCCGCAGUCCCUCUCUGUCACCGUGCCCCAGAUGGUUCUCAGCAACACUCCUCACUGCCCUAAUGGCUCCAGAGCUGAUCUCAACAGCACCUUUAACAAGUUUGCCAGCUGCCCUUUCUUCCAUACAACACCCCCCUGCCCUUACCCAAGAGACCGGAGUGCCUUCCACCCCGUCCCGUCCAUCUUCCUCCAGCUCUCUCAAGAGACGGAGCCCCUACCUCUGGACAUAAAGAGGCUACGAUCCCAGGAUAUCUGGUCUCUCAGUCUGUCCCGUGUGACCUUCGGUUUUGAUGGAGCGCGGCGAUUCCCCAAAGGCAAAACCCAACCUUUUGUCGAACCCUUUGCCAUGUCAGUUUGGAUUUGUCAGCCCCCUGCCUUUGGAAAUAAUUCACCGUCUUCCUCCUCCAGUCCCAGCAGAGACCAUCAUGCUUCCCCAGAGCAGGAAGACACUUCAGUUGCCUCAUUCCACUUUUUGGCCCACACCAUCACUCCAGUGAAGAUGUGGCUCAACCAUUACCAGUAUGUGGCCCUGCUGAGGAUGAGGGACACCAUGGCUCGGCUCGGGGCAGAGCUGGGCAGGGACCUACGAGAUGUUAAGCAGGCUCACGGACAGAAGACAAAACCUUCCACGGUUUGUCUUGCCCUCCUGGUGGACUCUGCUGAAUUGGGUCUCCUGUUGCCAGCAGUGUGCUCAGAGCCUGAAGGAGAGGUAGCCCACACCCCAGAGACAGACAGCCCGAGCAUUACAGACUCUGACAUGUCUCCCACUCAUCGCUCUGAAGGUGUCCCAGAGGAAAAUGGGUUGGAAAGCGCAGUCUCCAUCAAUACUGCCAAUGAGAAUAAUUACCAAGACGAACAAGGUGGGAUGGUGGAGGAGGCAUGUGAGGCAGUGGAGGACAAUUUGGCAACACAGGAGGACACCCUUGUUCUCUCACCUGCGCUCUCACCCGGACACUCCCCUGGCCUCUCCCGGGAAGCGUCCACCUUCAGCCUGGAGGGAGAGCUGUCCAGCGCCAUUAACGUCACCAAGGAUGUGACCAAAGAUGCCAUAAGUGCCUCGCUGGACCUGACCAAAGGGGCGUUUUCAAUUACAAAAGAUGCCUUUAGCAUGCUGAGUCGUGGCUCAGGGAUGAGCAAGCUAUUCAGUCCGCAGGCAAAGGAACAGAUCCAGCGUUCAGAAGGGCCCUCCCCUUCUCUGACUGCCAGCCCGCACCACAAGUCCAUGAAGCAGUCGCCGUCCCAGCAUUCUUUUGAUAGUGCUAUCAUGGAUGGCAGUCUACCGGACGAGAAUCUCUCAGUGCAUAGUGACUUCAGCGAGAACUUUGUGGUUCUUAUAGACUCAGAGUCCAUGGGUCCCAACAACACCUCUAUGGGAAGUCUUGGCAGCCCGAUUACAGGGACAGAGAGACGUUCAUCCGCUGAACUUAGCAGCUCUUUUUCCCAAAGUACCGAGGAUGUGUCUCAGGAUAUGUCCUCAGUGUUGGUGCUGAUCUUGAGCGGAACCGCCUGUACCAUGGAAGUAAAGGGAGAAGACCAAGUGGUGGCUGUGGAAACAAAUAAUCUGACCCCUGUGCAGAUGGGAAACAUCAGGGUAGCAGACCUGCAUGCUGGACUUAUACAAGCUUCAAGUGGAUCCUUCCAGAUGCAGAACGGCCCGGGCUUCAGAGGCGCUCCUGCAGUGUGCAUGCGAUCAGAAAUGGGUCCUUCUGCCGCCCGCCACUCGGCUCUGGCCGAGUCUUUGGGCUUCCUGGAUAUCCGAGUGCAGGACUUCCAGGCAGAGCUGUUAGCCUCCACCGUGUCAAACAUCGGCCCUUUCCUCGAAGAUGAAUUCAGUGUUGAUAGUCAGCCAAUGCAGUUACACUUGAGCAAUAUCACCGUCACUAUUAAGGAUGAUAGUCCUAAAAUCUACCCAACAGCCCCUCAGCCAGUCCCGGCCUCAUUCGUGGUAGAUAAGCUGCUCCUGGAGCGCGGUGAAGACGGCAUGAUGAGGCUCAAAGCAGGUGUGCCGGUAUAUGGAGCAGACGACCUUGGUUUCUACAGUUUCUACUCGGGUCAACAGCAGAAAGAGAUAAAAGCCUUGGAGUCGCAGCUCUCUGAAGCCAAGUCGGCUCUCACCCAGGCCCUCAGUGACAAAGACCGCCUCCUUCUGGAAGUCAGAAAGUAUGAUCCCACCUUUAAUCUCUGAGCCUCUCGGGUUUCACACAUCGUACUUACAGUUUCUCCGCUGCUGCUGAGGAACAAGUGAGGGGAUGUCAGCAGGACUCGUUCACAGUACGUCUGGACAUGUUUGAGAAGAAGAUGACUCUUGAGUUGCAGCGUUGGAUCACUUCCAACUUAUACAUGAGAUUACAAAAGACCCCCGUAUAAUGCUCAUACUAAAAAUGGGAACCUAGAGGAUUAACUCAUAGAUACAUUAAUGGUACUACUUUUUUUAUCUGGCAGUCUAGAUAGUCCUCACUUCAGUGCUAAACACCAAUCACUCUCAUUACGUUUUCCUCCAAAUCAGUGUGAACAGUGAAGUUAUUGUGUGGUUUCAAGUGUUUUGUCACACAGCAUGCAAGGGGUACCGGUAAAUAUCAUCAAGCUUUAAUUCUCUCCACUUCAGUAUUUGUGUUACAGAAAAUGUUUUAGGUCGAACACAUGUCAAAACCUUCUCUUCAUAUUUACUGACACUGCCAGAACGCUACUAGGACCAUCAGUCGCUCUUUCCCCAAAACCCACCUUCCUGUCAAGCAUGCUUUGUGAACAGUGCUAAUUUAAGCUUAGCACAGAAACAAAAAAUAGACUUUGUUGUACUGACUGCUUGUGUGUUCCUUUUCAUUUUAAAGUAUUAUAAAAAAAAUAAUAAUAUCAGCUGUUACAUGUUGAAAAUAUGUUGUAAACGGUAGGGAAAAAAACGUUGCACUUUUGAAACAAAAAGAAAAGAUACAGCUCAAUGUUCCACCUCGGAUUGCUUUAUCAGCACGGAGGAAUGGUCAAACACUUUUGCCAUGUUCUCACCUUUCUCUCAGAAAGCGGGUUGAAUCAUUCCCAGUGUUAUUUAAACUUUGUGUUGUGAAAUGUCGAUCAUGCUGCUUUUGUACUGUGAAAACAACGUGCUCUGCGGUUGAAUGUUCCCUCGAGACGACGUGUCGCCUUUCCAUUUCUCCCUCAGCUGAGGAGAGCAGGUUGAGAAGCUUACGUUUUGGAACUGGGUUAUUCAGUGUUCACGCUCAGCCGUUUGGUUUAGAGAAGUUUGGAAGGAUUAAACCAGCUACCAGAGUUAUAAAGACUUGUUUGUUAGCUUGUGAGGAAACAAGUCCGACGCACAUUUAUUAAGCAUAGCACAGUUGUUACACAUCAUGAACUAAAAGUUUGUUCUGGAUAUUGUUUUACUUGUUUAUAAUAAUUUAUAGUUCUUAAAGCAUGUUUUUUUAAUUGUUAUACAGUGUUUUGAAGCCAUAUCAAUCAAAGAAAAUGUCAUGUUGAAAGACUGUGGUACUUUUGUGGUACGUGCACACAGACAAUGUAAUGACCAAACUCACUACAAGCACUGAUCACUUUCAGUGUUUCUGUGUUUAUUCCUGAUUUUCUGCAGAUUUUCACUACCAGGCCAGUUGCCGGAUGAAUAUACCUGUAAAGAUCUAUUUUCCAUGCAUACAUUUGUUGUAUGCAUGUGAUCAAACAAUGAUGGAUUUGUUCAUCACAAAGACUGUAACAGUAUAAUGUUCAUUUUAUGAACGCUGUCAUGAAAAAUGUGUCUCUAUGAGCGACAUUUUAUGCACAACAGUUCUAUUGUUCAAUCAGUGGCUUUGCAUUCUGCCUUUGGAGGUUAUCCAUCUUAGUGGUUGCAAAGCUGUGAACUUACUUUCACUUACAUUUGUCUUUGUCCCACUAUGUGCGUGGGAGACCCCUGGUGGCGGUGAUUUGGCAUUGCACUCCCCAUUCCAUACAUUUUUUUUAAUCUUUUCUUUCUCUUCUUAUUUAAAACACUGGUUGCCUUGCAAGUUAUGAAUGACAGAUUUGCAUUCUUAAAGGGGAAUGUAAAAUAUUCAAGCAAUAGAGAGAGAGCCUUGUUUUAACCAAAAAUAUUUAAAGAAUGGUAACACUACCAAUUUUUCAUCCUCCAUUUUUAAGUUGAAUGGUAUAAAAGAAAAAAUAAAUCUACCUGACUCUCACUGUUCAACUGCAUGUGGACUCAAUACAUCCUCACUCCAUCAGUGUAAUAAAGCAGAGAUACUGCCCUUUAGCCUCACUGUUACGUGUAUGUGUGAUCUCAGUUUUUGAUGUUGGUAUUUUUGCAUGGCCUUAGCGGAACAAAAGAUACACUUACAUAUUUUGUUUGCAACAUGUAGCUUUGAGAGUCCAGUUUCCUCUCUCCUCAGUCAAGCCUCAGUGUUAAGUAGCAUCCAUGUUGUGUAGACAAACUGGUUCUCUGAGUUCCAUCUGCUCUUAUAACCUUGCAAAAUGAGGAGAUGGACAGAGAAUCAAGCAAGGCUCAUGUAAAGAGAAGUAGUUUUUCUCUCUUUACUGAAGACUGACCUGGAAAUCCAAUGCAUGUUCUGAAGUGAUGUAUAGUUUUUGCCUUGUGAAUUAGUUGCACUUGUGUGAACUAUUCACUGGAAAUUGCACUUGUUUUCACUUCAAGGAUUGCAGAAGAGUCCUUGUGAAAUCUUCCUUACUGACACAAAUGUUGGACAGUAUUUUGUCAGUUGUGUGGUGUUACGUUGGAUUUUGUAAUGUCUUUAUCACUUCUUUGAGACUAAUAUAAAAACUGGUUCUGUGAACCAAAGCUAGUAUGUGUACAAUAUUGUAAAGGUGAAAUAAAAGAUAAAACUGCUCAACACA